AUGGGAGCAGUGGAGCUCUUCUUGCUGUGUCUGCCAGUGCUCCUGGUCCAGGGUCAGUACAGCAGGUUUGAGGGCAUCACCUACCCCGAGCCGGUCCAGUAUUCCCAGUACGACCAGCAGGCAGAAAUCCAGGAUUAUUAUGACUACAACGAUGUCACCCCCCGUGCCCCUGAGGAGCAGUUUCGCUUCCAGUCCCAGCAGCAAUCCCAGCAGGAAAUCGUGCCAGCCCCCACCCCAGCUGCUGCCCCUGAGACUGAGCCCACGGAGCCAGGACCCCUUGACUGCCGGGAGGAGCAGUACCCCUGCACCAGGCUCUACUCCGUGCACAAGCCCUGCAAGCAGUGCCUGAAUGAGAUCUGCUUCUACAGCCUGCGCAGGGUCUAUGUCAUCAACAAGGAGAUCUGCGUCCGCACCGUCUGCGCCCACGAGGAGCUGCUGCGAGCUGACCUGUGCCGGGACAAGUUCUCCAAGUGUGGGGUGAUGGCCACCAGUGGGCUCUGCCAGACCGUGGGGGCAUCCUGUGCCCGCAGCUGCGGUGGCUGCUGA